GUUAGAUGAUAGAUGUGUGAAGAUAUUUUUGUCAUAAACGUUACAUGUCAAUAUCACUUGAAUUGCAAGUGUUCAUGAAAUCGUUGUGCGAGAGUUUUAUUUUGGUUUUAUAACUUACCGAAGAAUUACGGUUUUGGUAAACCUAACAAUGUCCAGUGUUAGCAUCAGAACAAAAUUAACAUUUAUUUCAGUGUUUUUGAUUUUGAAUUUACCUGCAAGCUCGGCUCUUGCAGAACAAGCAAGGGUUAACACUGAAAGCGUUCAUGAAGAAACCCCACGAAAUAUAGACCACCUUUCAAAAACCAACCCAACAGUUUCGCCGGUGUUUCACACUAGUUCGUCGGGAAUCGCUAACCGACGUGAACAAGGAAAUUCUAUCGAGGAAGACACCAAAAAUCAUGAAAAUCAUCGUUAUCACGUGGCCACAGUUGACUUUCCACACGUUUCUAUCCCUUAUAUCAUUAGCGCAUGGAUCUUAAUCGCUGGAUUAGCGAAAAUUGGGUUUCAUGUCACCCCAAAGAUCGGACUCAUCUGUCCAGAAAGCUGUAUACUUAUCGUGGUUGGAGCGAUCAUUGGUCUACUACUUUUCUACACCGGAUUGGAGCGGGUCGGACCUCUGACCCCCAAUGUCUUUUUCCUGUACAUGUUACCACCAAUUAUCCUGGACGCUGGCUACUUCAUGCCCAAUCGUCUCUUCUUCGAUAACAUGACAUCAAUCUUGUUGUAUGCUGUAGUUGGCACUGUUUGGAAUGCCUUAACCAUUGGAUUCUCUUUAUGGGGUGUCGGACUAACUGGACUUUAUGGAGUAGACAUGCCCCUUCUUGACACACUAUUAUUUAGUUCUAUAGUAUCUGCUGUUGAUCCCGUAGCAGUGCUGGCUGUUUUUGAAGAGAUCCAUGUGAACGAAGUAUUGUAUAUCUUGGUGUUUGGGGAGUCUUUACUGAACGAUGCUGUCACAGUGGUUUUAUAUCACAUGUUCGAAGGUUACACGGAAAUGGGUCAAAAAAAUAUUUUGCCAAUCGACUAUUUAGCUGGAGUGCUAUCAUUCAUUGUUGCUUCGCUUGGAGGCGCUUUACUUGGUGUUGUAUGGGGUAUUCUCGCGGCUUUUCUAUCAAGAUUCACUCAUCACGUGCUGAUUAUAGAGCCAUUGUUUGUAUUCGUGCUGGGAUAUCUCUCGUACCUCACCGCAGAACUAUUUCAUUUGUCUGGAAUCGUAGCGCUGACGUUUUGUGGAAUGACCAUGAAGAAUUAUGUAGAAGAAAACAUAUCGUACAAAUCUCAUAUCACCUUAAAGUACACAAUGAAGAUGCUAGCUAAUACAUCGGAAACUAUUAUCUUUCUUUUCCUUGGUGCAUCAACUGUGAAUGAAAACCACGAUUGGAAUACGUGGUUUGUCAUCAUGACAAUAUUGUUUUGUUCAGUCUACCGAUCGAUUGGUGUGUUGAUCCAGACAUGGAUGUUAAAUUUUUUCCGCUUACACAAAAUAAAUAAAGUGGAGCAGUUCAUCAUGGCAUAUGGAGGUCUUCGUGGUGCAGUGGCAUUUGCUCUAGUGCUUGUUGUCUCAGAGAAAUACAUCCCUUCCAAAAGCAUGAUGGUUACCACAAUUAUAGUAGUAGUGUACUUCACAGUUUUUCUUCAGGGAAUGACAAUUGGACCACUAGUGAGGUUCUUAAAUGUUGCUACAAGUAAUAAAACCAAACCUUCUAUGAAUGAAAGGUUACAUACCAGGUUGAUAGACCAUCUAAUGGCAGGAAUUGAAGAUAUUGCUGGUCACUUGAUUGGGAACUAUCAUCUACGUGAUAAAUUCAAGCACUAUAACAACAAGUUCAUCCGACCACUCCUGACACGUGAUCAUCAUGUCAAGGAACCAAAGAUUUUUGAGACGUAUUCCAAACUAAACCUAACAGAUGCAAUGAACCUUGUGAAACAGAACAACAUUAUGGGAUCUGUAACUAGAAUUGAUCAAAAAAUCUCUCUCUCUAGCCUAAUAAGAUCAUAUACCCAAAGUAAUUUGCCAAGGUACUCGGAUGGAUCAGUUCUAAGUUCACAGGGUGUUACAUCUCAGAGUGAGUCAAGUUUUGUAAACUUGGACAUGGGUGAGCUUGCAUACUCACCGAGCUAUAAGGACCUAGCUGAUGCACAACUCCACCAUAUUUUGUCUGAUUCUAUGUUUAAACCACCUCGAAGGUUGCAUCGGUACAGUCGUGAUGUAAUAGAUGAGACUACUCCACAUCCUCCUUUCCACCACAAAACUCGCAUGCAGAUUAGACAUAUCCUGAAUGAUAAAAAGAGUAAAAAACGAAAGGGAUAUCACCAUAAUAAUGUUAGGAAUGAUUAUAUCUGUAAUGGAAAAGGACCUAAAUCUCAGAAAUACAGUAGGCAGAAAAAACAAAAUACAGAUUCAAAUUCCCGUAAAACUACAUCACUGAGAUUCACCCUUCCAGCCAGUAUAUCUGAAAUCUCAGAGGUUGAAAACUAUUCUCAUCAAAACCAAGAAAUGGUACUUGAUGAUGAUGAUAACCCACUUUUUGGUACUGUGUUUUCUCCAGAUGACAAUGGAAUAACCUUUACUGCACGAAUGACACCUCCUGAAAAUGAUACACAUAAAAGAGAUACUGAUAAGAUUUCUCAAUCAACAGCAACAAUGCCUCUAUCUUGCACAAUAACUGAAACAACAUUACCAUGGAAACGAGAUGAAAAUUGCACUGAUGGAUGCUGUGUUUGGAAACAACAAGAGUUUCCUCCAUGGGUUGACAACAAAGAAUAUCAUGUCUAUACUUCACUGACAAACACAUUUAUGGGUAAAAUAAGCUCUGAUGCUGAUACAAAAACACCUGAUGUCUUCACUGUAUUUGGGUUAGAAAAGCCAAUACAAGAAGACACUAAAAAUGAAAACAUAAACACUGUUAAUAAAUUUAUUGUAAGUCAAACAGAUAAUAUAGGUGCUGAAAGUGUAUUGCCAAAAGAAGAAGAUUCAGCAAAUCUGGAAAUUGAAAAUGUAGAAACUGCAAAUAGAUUUAUUAAUAGGCAACUGUAUAAUACAGGUGCUGAAAGUGCAUUAAGUGGAGAAUAUUCUUUCUAUCAUGUUCAUCCCAAAGAGUCUGAAGAGUUUGUCUCCAAGAACCAAAAGGCAGAAAACAAAGUUGAUGUGUCAAUUGAAAUGCAAGACAAAUUAGCAAAAGUUCCACAGAUGCUAAACAGUUGGCAAGAAUCACAGGCGUUUGUAAUUAACUUGAGUGAUGAAGAAAUUAUGAGUGAAAGAUUGUAAAAGUACUUUUAUGCUUGCUUUUUUUGUGAAGGAGUUGCAGGUUUGAUAUCUAGCCCAGAUAAAAUGUGUUAAAAUAUUGAAAAGAAAGUGUGUCAAAGUAAACUGUGUGUGAGGUGUAUAUUUUUAUUUUUAUUAAUAUCUUAUAAUUUAACUAUAGAACCUGACUUACAACUCUGCAAAAGUAUGUAUUAGUUCUGUCUGUAAGAGAUUUUCAAAUGAUUCACACUUGUUCCUCAUACAUAAUAAAUAAAUAUCAAAUUAUUCUUUAUAAACCACAUCCAAAGGUGCCUAAAGCUCUAAAACAUAUCAUUUUUAACGCAUUUAUUUAAUCAUAGUGUUAAUAUUUUUCUUGUUGUUUUUCUAUGUACUCGAUUUAUAAAAACUUCAGUUUUAACAUUUAGUGAUCAAACAGCUACAUUAUGUUGCAGGGGUAGUCAAUUAUUCUUUGUCAAAGGUUCAAUUUUUGUUUACAGUAAGGUCAAGAUCUAGAGAAACGUCAUUCAUCAUUUUGUACCUGCUAAUGUCCUACAAAAAUGCACACAUGGGCCUUUUUUACGAGCAUAUUAAUAAUUUUCAUCACUGUUCUUUGUUUAUUUAUAAGAUAUUACAUAUGUGCUUUGAUUUUGGGGUUUUUAAUUAUGUGUACUACAGAAUGUGUACUUAUUAACCAUUCUUUAGUACACUGUCCUUUUCUUUCUGUAUUGACCUAAACUUCCUGAUAUUAAUGCAUUUAAAAACAAACAUCAAUUGUGGAAGAUUUGGAGGUCUGUUCAAAAUGUAUGCAUGUGGACUACCCUUAUUGUAGGAUUUAUAAAAACUUGUGUACAUCCUUGUAGAUUAUGUAGGUUUUAGAAAUACCUCAAUGUAAAUUAGGAUGCAUCAAUAAUAAUGAUAAUCUUGUUAGACUUAGUUCUAAAAUCCCAUUUAAUUUUAAAAUAUUGAUUGCUACUUUAAUCUUGCUACUUGACAAAGUUGUUUAUAGCUUCCAAAUCAUCAAAUUGAGAAUAUUUUAAUUUGUGCUUUUUAAGUAGUUUUACAUAGUAUACAUA